UAAUAACUUAAUCCGGAAUAGAUACGAGUUCGAAUAUGUUUAGAAGAAAAAAUAGUAUAUUGAUAGUUUUAUUAACAGUUUUCGCGGUAGAUUUUACGCAAGGUUGUCACGAUCUUCAAAAUGUGUUUAUGACAGUCAAGGACAGAUCAGGAACUUGGUUUAAUAAAACGGUUUCUGAAUGCAUACAGAGAACGGUCUUCGAUGGUAGAACAGCGGUGGAGAUCCACGUGAAAAACCAAAAUAUUCCGAACUUGGGAAAAGACUACGUCAAGAAUUUGGUAAGGUUGGAUAUUUUGGAAUUCAAAAAUUGCGCCAUUGAAACCAUUGCCCGUGGUGCUCUGAAAAAUUUACCAGUUAUAAGAAUCGUUGGAGUUACUCAUAAUCCGAAAUUGAAGCUUAUUACAGGAGGCAUUUUCGACAUUUUCGAAACGAUCCACAUUCUGAGGCUGCACAACAACAACAUAGACACCAUUACAGACGAGGCUCUAUCGAAUAUGACCCUGCAAGAAGUCAACUUCAGUUAUAAUAAUUUUUCAAAAUUCGAUCCAGUUUGGUUCGCAUACUCUCCCUACAUCAAACAUCUAUAUUUCCAAAACAACCGCAUCCAGAAAAUCCAGAAAAAGGCUUUCGAUACCAUGCAGGAACUGGAAAACAUUAAUUUCGCUGAUAAUAAAAUUAAUGAUAUCGGUUAUGGAGCUUUUGGUAAAUUAAGAAAAUUGAAGACGUUGAAUUUGAGAAAUAAUCAUUUAAAAAAACUUAACUCCAAUAGUUUUCCGAAAAAUUUUAAAAUAGAAUCGUUGAAUUUGGCUGGGAAUUUUUUGCUUAAUAUCGAUAGAAACGUUUUAUCAACGUUAUCUUUAGAUGAAAUAAUUCUGGAUUAUAAUUGUUUCAUUUGUUCCUGUUAUUCGGAUUUGAUUAAAUAUUUUAAUGAAGAAAAUGUUAUAGUUAAGAAAGCUGAUCAUUGCAAUUUAAAUUACUUGCCUUACUGUAUAGCCACAGGUCCUAAAUGUAUAGAGCCUGAAAUGAAUACUAAGGAAUACGAAACGGUUACAGAAUUGAUAGAAAAAUUUAAGGAUGUUUAUAAAAGUUUGUCUCCUUUUGCUAGAAAAUGUGCUCAAUUGUAAUUUAAAUCCCAAUAUAUUUAAAAUGCAAUCUUGUGAUAUAAUAAAUAAUAUUUUUUUAACAGACUUCUAAUCAUUUUCCUGGUGUAGUCAAUAUUUCUUAGAUCAUGAUCUAAUAUACUCAUAAAAAUUUCUGGAAUACAUAAUUGUAUUACGUCAGAAAUUUUUAUUUGUGUAUUUGUCAAAACUGUCAUCAUAAAUAGGUAAAUACUGUGAAGGUUUCAAACAAAAAUAAAUUUGAUAAAAGCAAGGAGUUGAAAAUUGUUAAGUAAAGGUAUUUUUUAUUGUUAAAGUUGUUAAUAUUGUUCAAAAAAUUGGAAUCUGUUAUAGAAAGAUCAACAUAAAGAAAAUUAUUAAAUAAAAAGACAAAGAAUCGGUGAUAUUUAGAGAGCAACCGGAACAGAACAGAAGAAAGGUAUCAACAGUAAGCAAUAAGGUAUUUAAGUAAAAACAAUGAAUCAGAGAAGGAGAUCCAAGCAACAGACCAAACGAUAAAGGGAAGCAGAACAGAUAGAAGUAAAAAAAAUUGUCUUUAUCUACAAGGUAUUUGGCAGUUUGACAAUCGUAGACAGAUGGGCUGAAUUCUUCCUUUACUCAGUCGGCCAUGUCUGCGAUGACCAUGACCAAGUCAUGAUACACAGACUAAUGGUAUGCUGACUUUCGAUUCAAAAUUCGUCCAAACCACGCAUGACGUAAUGCCGGACAACCUUUCAAGUUAUUUUGACACUUUUUGAUUGAAUAGUGUAAAAUAAUUUAAUAAUUUAUUUGGUUUUGUGUUAGUAGUGACUAUAUUUUCCUAUAUUUAACAGGGAAGAACUAAAUUAAUGUUUAGCCUGUCUGCGCGGUGGAUACAAACUUAAUUGAAGUUGCCUUAUCCACUUUGAGGAAAGUAGUUGUGAGAUUCCUCUUAAACAUAGACGCAAGAAAAGAAAACUGAAUUUCACCAGGUGCACGGGCCUCAUUAAGCAAAGAAAAUAAACCGGUAUUUUUAAAUUUUAGCAGAUAAAACAGUAGUUUCCUGUCCCAAUACAACGGUUCUUUUGAAGUAAUGCCAUGCAUAAGCAGGACACGAACACAUAUAAUAAGAACAGAAAAAUUGGUUUUAAGUAUUUUCGAACUAAACUUGACA